GAUAUUGCCGAAUGUUCCCGGAUGUGAACGAAGAACACCUCAGCAAAGAUGGCAGACUCACCGGUUGGCGAAGGCGAUUUCGAUCCUAUGGCGGAAAUUUCUCAGACAGAAGCUGAUCCAGCGGCAGCCUUUUUAGCCAGAGAGCAAGAUGAACUAGCUGGACUAGAAGAUGACACUUUCGGCGUCUCCGGUGGUCAGCAAAGCGGAGGGCAAGAUUUUGGAUUUGAUGAUGAUUUAGAACAACCCCCACAGCAGCAGCAGAGUAAUGUUGGAGACUUCCUAGAUGACUUUGGUGCCCCACCUCCUGCUGCGACAUCUGGUGGCGAAUUUGACUCCCUUGGUGGAUAUGACAACCAAGAGUAUAAUGAUAUGAAUGGCCCUUCUGACACGUAUUCCGCCAUAUCUCAGGUCGACAGACAGCGCCAAGAGCCAGAAAAGAUCCGCCUCUGGAGAGAACAGCAAAAAGAACGUCUGGAAAAGAAAGAUGCAGACGAGGCAGAGAAGAAGGAAGAGUGGCGUGAGGCGGCCAAGAAAGAGAUGGAAGACUGGUAUAAACAUAGGGCGGAGCAACUUCAGAAGACAAAGGAGACAAACAGAGCUGCGGAGGCAGAUUUCGUCAAAGAGCGAGAUGAAACAAUUCCAGGAGGCGAGUGGGAGAAGAUUUGCCGACUGUGCGAGUUCAAUCCUAAAGGUUCCAAAACUACAAAAGAUAUUUCCAGAAUGCGUUCCAUCUUACUGCAACUAAAGCAGACACCAUUAGUCAGAUAGAUGGCAGUAACUGCAGCUUAGAAAGACUGUCUUGGAAAUAAAUGUGGUAGUUUCAUGUAAAGCCCGUCUUGGAGAGGCCCCCAUGUGGAGAUAUUUGUGAAAUGUUAUAGGUGGGGCCACAAUAUGAGUUUAUAAAUGUAUAGAGCCACAAUACAUGUCAAUAUGUAAUGUAUAAUAGAAAGAUUGUAGAUGUGAGUAAUGUGUAGAAAUUUACAAUAUCUAUCAAUUUAAACAAUAUCAUAUCUUCCCCAGUGUGCAUCACUGGAAGUUACAGUGUUACAUGUAACUUCACCCAUUUAUUUUUAAACAAUGAACCGCGUUAAAGUUGUGGUAGAAAUUAUACAACAGAAUUGUCUGUUUUGUGAAGUUCAAAAAUUAUGUAAUAUAAUUGUGGUAAAACAAGAAUGUAAAGAUUACUUUUAGAGGUAAAUGAGUUUUAAGAUUCUUUGAUCUGAAUAAAUGAAGUUUACAUUACUAACAAGAACUUUCUAUAUGUGAACAGCAUAACAGCUAUAAUUGAACUGACACGAUUCUGUUAUAAGGUUUUAUUACAAUUUCCAUCAUAAAUUACAAUAUCAAAUAAAAAGAAACUUGUGGCCAGACAAUGAACACUGAUAUUUCAGCAGAUAAAGUGAUGACUUUUUCAAUGUACCAAAGCUUUACUGAUCAACACGAAUCUUCACAAAUUAUCACGCUUAAACAUUUUUUUUAAUUAAAAUAUCUUUUUAUUGUGCAAUGUUGAGAAGUUUGCCUUUCUGGCAUUAUUCCUCACAUAAUGAUAUAUCACCUGUCACAUCGAGCACCUCAAGAUCAAGUUAUAAAGAUUUCUUACGUACACAGAUUCCAUACAUUCAUAUAAGGAAUUGAUUGUCCAAUUUAUGCCAUAUGCAAGACAGAUGGUUUGGGCUUGGCUUGUUUCUUAUCUCAGUAUUGUGCACCCGCUAUUUUAGCACAGUUUCGUACCACGUAACAAUACCAAGUAACCCAAGAUCAGCAUAUAAUUCCUUCUAAGUGACAAAUAGCAUCCAGGACGACAACAUAGGAAAUAUACAUAAUGUACACAGUUGCUGUGAGUAAAAGCUUGUUUCAGGACGGCACAUUCUGUUUUGUUCGUGCAUGCUGGGAGAACAGUGCCUGCUGGGAUGUCAGAUGAGAAAUGAUAAUGAAAGGACAAAAAGCUCGGGGUAAUAAUGUGUUACAGGAUUUGAGAGAGAGUAUGAUCAUAUUUAACAGAACAAUAAGGCACUUGUCGGAAAGCAAACAUAUGAAGGAUAUGAUUUAUGUAAGAGAAGGAGAGAUGGGUUAUCUUAGUUUGAUAUGUUGUGGACCUCUAAAUACGAGUUCUUACUAAA